CGUGCGUGUGCGCGCUGCGAACCAAACAACGGGCACUGUGAGGACGUCUAAACGCGCAGAGGAACCGGCAGGUCCAAAAGGUGAUCCGCAGAGAUUCACCUGCGGCGAUGUAAAGAUGGCGAGAGUGCUCCACAACUUGCUGUUAUUCCUGAUCGGACUUGCGCAGAGAACCAGAGUUGUGGGGUACUGGGCGCUGAUCUACGCGUAUUGUGCUCUGGGCACCGUCGUGGCGCUGCUGAAACUUUGCUGGAGCAUUGUCCUGAGGCCGACGACCACCUUCCGAUGGACGAUCCGGGAAAGUCCACCCGCCUGUCUGAAUGACACGUCCUUGGGCACCCACUGUUAUGUUAGGAUCAAGGAGUCCGGCCUUAGGUUUCACUAUGUUGCUGCCGGAGAGAGAGGAAAGCCACUCAUGCUGUUCUUACACGGCUUCCCUGAGUUCUGGUUCUCCUGGCGAUACCAGCUACGUGAGUUCAAGAGUGAGUUCCGUGUGGUGGCCAUCGACAUGCGGGGCUACGGGGAGUCCGACUUGCCUCUUUCAACCGAAAGUUACAGCUUCGAGAACCUGGUUACGGACGUCAAGGAUAUUGUGGAGUAUUUAGGGUACAACAGAUGCUGCCUAGUGGGCCAUGACUGGGGCGGGACCAUAGCGUGGCUGUUUGCCAUUCACUACCCAGAGAUGGUGACGAAACUCAUUGUCCUGAACUGUCCCCAUCCUUCUGUGUUCACAGAUUACGCCCUGCGCCACCCGAGCCAGUUGCUGAAAUCGAGUCAUUACUUCUUCUUCCAGCUGCCCCGCUUCCCGGAGCUCAUGCUCUCCAUCAAUGAUUUCAAGGCUCUGAAGGCCUUGUUCACCAGCCGCAGCACAGGGAUCGGGAGUAAAGGCCGGUGGCUCACUGCUGAGGACCUGGAGGCCUACCUGUAUGCACUCUCACAGCCGGGGGCUCUUACUGGAGCACUCAACUAUUACAGGAAUGUCUUCAGCUCUCUCCCUCUGAGCCAGAACCACGUCAGGUCUCCUGUGCUGCUGCUGUGGAGCGAGCGGGACACCUUUCUGGAGCAAGAAAUGGCCGAGGCAUGCCGCCUCUACAUCAGGAACCAUUUCCGUCUCAACAUCAUCUCCGGGGCCAGUCACUGGCUGCAGCAGGACCAGCCCGACAUCGUCAACACCCUCAUAUGGACCUUCCUCAAGGAGGGAGAGGGACGCAAGAGCUAUAGGAACUAAAAUCCACACCGCAGCCGCCUCCCACCACUCCUCCCCUGCUUUCACUUGCCACACCUGGAAGCCUGGAAUAUGCCUGUGAUACCAAGCAACAUAGUGAUAAUGAAAUCAUUCUUUAGAAUCUUGUCACAUUUCAAAUAUUUUUUUAAACAAAGUCAACAGUAGAGGAGGAGGAUCAAAGCACACGUCAGCAGUGGGACAGUGAGCAGUCUGUGUUAGGCAUAUUCAAGAGGUUUUUUGCACAUGACAUCCGCCUUAAAGUUUGUCAGUUACAGCAUUACAAAUGUGUGGCAAAAUCUCCUCGUGACUUGUAUUGUGUGGUGCCUUUUUAACUUUAGAGUUGUCUCGGUGUUCAGAUGUUCGGAGACUCUGGGAUGUGGCUGAUCGUCUGCUAUAUGUUUCACUGGGUCACUCUGCUUUGGGCACAAUCCUUUGGGAGCCAUAACACUCCCUACCCUUUUAUCAGGUAGUGUUGUUGAAAAGGAGUGUACUUGUUUUCUAUCUUCUUCUCAAAGAUACUUCGCUCUAACGUGGAUGAUGUUGUUAUCUUAAUCUUCCUGUAAAGAAAUGUCAGUGGUGGUUGACUAUUGUACUAUUUUGUAUUUCUUCCUACACACUGCAUUUUGAAAUUCACUGAGCCAGGUCGAACACCACUUGAUUUUAUAAAUAAAGUGGGUAAGUGUCAA